GCCCGGGCCCUCAGCCAGCAGCUCCUCCCGCAGGUUGGGUCGGGUCGGAGGGCAGUGCUCCGGGGGCAGCCGGGCCUCAGCAGGCUUUUCUCAACAGGGAUGCCAGGUGCCCGGAGGCAGCCAGGAGCUGGUCCAGCUCUGGAACGACCUUCACUACCGUCUGGUCAUGAAGCGGCUGGGCGUGGCCACGCUCACCCCAGUGCAGAAGUUCCGCUGCAGAAAGAGGUACACCGCCGGCCUUUAUUUGUGCGUGCUCCCCAGGACUCCCGGGGGUGUUUCAUCUAAAACCACGGAGGGGCUGAGGUGAAGCCGAGACAGGAGGUAAAUGCAGGAGAAGUCACAAGAAGCAGUCACCGUCAAAAGGUAGCAGGCUCUGCGACAGCCAGAGCACUGAGCUACCCUCUCCAUCUGCUCAGCUGGCCAUGGGGGUGCAGCCCUACUUACGCCAGCAGGACAGGCUCUGCAGGUGCCAUGGGCUGGGGUCUUCAGCACCACCCCUCGGGGCUGCGGGGCCUUUCAAAGAGAGGAACCCGCCCCCGCCCGCCCUCUGCCCCGACGGCCCGAAGAGCCGCAACUUCCCCCGAGACGUUCGCCAGAAGCUGCACGACUUCGCCUCCGCCGUGAGCACCAACCCCAGCAAGGCCGAGAGGGAGAACCUGGCGGCGGAGAUGAGCCUGAGCGCGGAGCAGGUGUACAACUGGUUCGCCAACUACCGGCGGCGCAGACGGGCCCUUCUCCAGCGUCGUGCGCCGGCCCCGGAGGACGCGGCGGUGGACCUCCGCGUGAGGGAGGCGGCUCCGGAGCGCCCGCAGCCCGCGCGCCAGCCCCGCCCUGGCCCCGGCGGCGCGGCCCGGCCUCGGUGGCCAGCAGGACCGGAGGAAGAUGGGCCCGCACAGUCCACGGAGACCACUCAAGGGCCAUGGGAGUCGCUGGCUCUGGCCCCGGACUUCUCUGGAGAUGAGACGCUGCCGAAGCCAUUGCCUCCCAGGUCUCUGCAGGGCAGUGAGAUGUACCAGGAGGGUCCUGGCCGAAGCCCUGCCACUCUCCCCCACAUCUGCCCAGGCCCUGGCCUCUGCCCUCUGACUUCUGGCAGUGACAUGCUGGACUCUUCCCUGGCUGCCCCUGAGUCAUGGCUGAUGUCCCUUGCACUGGCGUCCUCCAAGGAAGUUUCCUUCCAGACUGGGCAGCUGGUCCAUGGGCAUGGGCUGGACCUCACGAUGCGCCCCGCAGAUGCCACUGUGGCUAUGUCCAUCACUGCCCUCGGUGAGCCCAGCUCCACAGGAUUCGCUGACCCACCUGCUGGCAACCCCCCGAGCAUGUACCUGGAGGAAGGUGCAGGCGCCAGCGGCGGCCAGGCAGAACAGCAGGCGGGCGGCUUCCUGGUGACACAGCCUCCCGAAUUCCUCCUAGCCCAGAGUCUGCUGGAGUUGGCACCGGGCCCUUCCUUUUCCAGCCCUGUUUCUGCUGUGGACCUGAGCCAGCCCGUGCCCUCUAGCCAGGUGCAGUGGCCCGACGGCCAGGCCUCCAGUGAUGCCUUCUGGGGAGCCAGAAUGCUUCUUGAGCUUUCAGGGGGCAGCCUGGGUUGAGAUGUCCCUUUGGGGUAUCCAGCCAGUGCCCCCAGGGGAGCAGGCGUGGACAUCGAGCCUUUCAACACAUGUUACAUAGAGCUUUAUUCCGACUGAAGAGAGGCCCCAGGGUUCCUUUGGGGGGUUCCAGUGAGAAGCACUGAGGCUGCGUAGCCCCCUGCCGUGUUUGCAUAGUUUGGUUGGCCGCUCGCUGUAUCAGAGGAGGCAUUUGAGAAACGCUCUUGAGCCCAGAAGUCCAGGGGGUCUGUUUCACUCAGGCAGUGGGAGAUUGUGGAUUCGAGCUCCUGGGCUUGUAGGUUAUGGGCAGGGAAGGCCUUUCUGGAGACAAAGGAGAAUGUUGCACUGCUGUCUGCCCUCCCUGCCCUAUGACAAGGCCGAGCUUCACCCAGUUAGGUUGGCGAGUGGGGCGUGGGUAGUGCUGUGACACUCUGUGUCUUGGGGGUGAUGUGGUUGGGACGGCACAGGCAGGGUGGGCCAGGGUGUCUUUUCCCUACAGGUUGGAGUUUACUGUGUUUGUGAAACAGAUGUUCUAUUCAAUUAAAUUGCAGUUCAAUGUUC